AUGAGCUUCUCAAAAUUCAGUCUUUUGUUGUUCGUAGUCCUGUUUUCCGCUUCUGAAUCGGUAGCGGAAGAGGAGAAAGUAGAAGAACCGAACGAGUCUUUUACAGAGGCGUUGCUGUUGAGGCCGCUGCCAGAUCGCAAAGUGUUGGCUCAUUUCCAUUUCCAGAGCAGCGUGCCUCCGGCUCGAGCCUAUGGCCGCCACCAUUACAUCUUCCCCAAAUCCAUUUAUCAGCUGGUAAAAAAAUUUCAAAUUCGAGAGAUGGAGCUUUCGUUCACGCAAGGCCGCUGGAAUUAUGAAAGGUGGGGAGGGUUUGAUCCGAUCUCAAACAGCAAUGCAAAGCCUCCAGGAGUUGAAUUGUGGGCUGAUUUUGAUGUUCCUAAAGACCAGGUCGAUAAUUCGUGGAAGAACCUCACCCAUGCUCUUUCAGGCCUCUUUUGUGCCUCGAUCAAUUUCUUGGACCACUCGACCAGUUACUCUUCACCUCAGUGGAGCUUCCGUCCCGUCUCGGGCAAAUUACGUUACGGCACUUUGCCUCGCGAAGCCGUUUGCACUGAAAAUCUCACGCCGUGGCUGAAGUUGCUUCCUUGCAGGGACAAGGCUGGGCUUUCUUCACUCAUGGACCGGCCCUCCAUUUACAGAGGGUAUUAUCAUUCACAAAGGCUGCAUUUGAGGUCGGAUGAGUUCGAUAUGUCUGAGAUGAAUACAGGGAUAGUGCUCGUGCAAACCCUUACAAUUGUCCUUCAACCAAACACAGUUUCGGGAAAAAUAUCACAGCAGCCGAACUGGUCACUCGGCUCGUUAUUCGGCAGGAGAGUUAGUGGAAAAUGCUCUCUUUCUGAUUUUAGUAAUGUGUACGUCCAAUUUGACAAGAGUUUAGUGUCCGGACAGGUUUCCCCUCAUGAGGACUCUGAGAAAAACCCACUGUUUGAACUUUCACUUCCACCCAAAAGGGUUAUAAAAGAAAUGGGAGAUAUGCAGAAAGGGGGAUCUGUUCUGUAUGAAUUUUCGGUAUUGGACUUCACUGAACCUGAGCCGUUAGAUUUGGGGUUAAAGUGGAAGGUGCCUGUCGUCUGGUCAUGCGAGCAAGCACCUCUACGGGCUAGUAGGUUUCUAUUGGGGAGCGGAAAUGAGAGGGGUUCUAUAGCCAUCUCGAUGAAAUCCACUGGGAGGAACAAUGUAGAGAGAGGUAGCUAUGACGAGAGAGAAUGUUGGCUGAGAGUUGGCAUUUUCCAGGUGGUUCCUUGGUAUGUGAAGGUGUAUUAUCACACUCUGGAAUUGUUCUUAGAUGGGGAACCUCAAUCUACUACGGAUAACAUAGAGCAAAUACGCGUUUCACCUUCUGAAGACAAGGUCUCUCCUGGAGUAAUGGAAAUAGAGUUGAGAUUGCCUUGUAGUGUUAACACUGCUGCAUUGACUUUGGAGUUUGACAAGGGGUUUCUUCACAUAGACGAGUAUCCUCCGGAUGCCAAUCAGGGGUUUGACAUUCCAUCAGCACUAGUACACUUUUCCGACUUCCAAUCAAACAUGAGUUUUGUUGAUAAUUUGUUAAACGAAGUACCCAUAUUGUCCAAUCUACAGAAAAGAACUCCGGUCCUCUCGUACACAGAAGUACUGCUCGUACCAUUGACAACACCUGAUUUUAGCAUGCCUUAUAACGUUAUAACUAUCACAUGCACCGUUUUCGCACUAUAUUUUGGGUCCCUGCUUAAUGCCCUUCGAAGGCGAGCCGGUGAGGAAGAAAGGCUUCGUACGGCAAAGGCAAAGAGGACCGGAGCACUUUCCUUGAUGCUAGCAAAAUUGUCUGCCAAGUUUCAAGGAAAGAAAUACGAACCACCAAAAGCACCAUCAUCUCCAAAAUUCUCAACAAACUACAGGCUUAUUGCCAAGUCUCCUUCACCCGCCAGGUGCACUGGUAUUGACGUUUCGGGGGGUCGACCGCCACACAUCGGUUGCCGCCACCUCCUUCAGAGCGGAUUGCGACGCUCAAGCGCGAGGUCUGCGACAACUUCCACAAGAUCGAGGUCGAGACUCAACCCCUCGACAGGCUCCCUACCGAUCUGA